AUGUUACGCAAGGCUUCUGCAGCCUUGCAGGACACCCGCCGCGCCGUUGGGUGGCUUGAGGUGUUGGUUCCCAGGUUAACCCCUGUUCUAUGUGCUACGACACAGAUGUUCUUUAUCCGUCGAUGCUGGCGGAUAUUCGAGAAAAGGUGGAUACCUAUGAUCCCCUUUGGUGCCCUAUGGAUCGCAGCUUUUGUUCCAGGAGUUUGUCUUGGCGCAUAUGCAUAUCCUUUGGUAUCGAUUGCAACAAACGAACUCGUCAAGGUGAGCUUUGAGUACAUUCAAGGCGGUGGUCAAACACCAAUUCUUACCCUCCCUGUGCAAAUACAGUUGAAGGUUCACUUUUCGAAAGAAUACUCAAACGUGUUCUUAAUCGUCUGGGCAGUUAUGUGGACAUCUGCUGCCCCACCACUUAUCCUGAUGGCUAUUGCCAUUAUUGACGAGUACAUGGUCAAGGGAUCUUCGAAUCCUGCCUUUAUUAUCACCGUGGAAAUUACUGGAAAAUUCUUCUUACUUUCAGUAAUGAUCAAUCUAUGCGGGAGAAACCUUGUUCAAGAGAGGUUCAACUUGGUGAUGAGCCCUCGGCGCCCUAGAUCGUACCCACCCCGUGACCAUGAUGGCGCAGCUGCGAACGUCAUAUCGGUGACGAUACAACAAGAAAAGUUCACCGAGUAUGAGCUCAACGAGUGGCCAUUUGCGCCCAAGAGCCCAGGAACAAACCUUAAUCACAAACGAACCGAAAGUCGGUCGAGCGUGGAGACUAAAACUCCCGAUAGCGAACUCACAAGAAAUGUUCAUAACGAAUAUACCAAGCGACCUUUACAACAUCCUAGAUUUUUCUCUCGUACUCAAGUUAAAUGUGCCCCUCCUAAUAGACCGAACCCUCGGGAUGUGUACAAGGCGAGAAAUCGGACGCUUUUGAUGUAUACGACCGCUACCGUGAUCACGGCAGUAGGCGCAACCUAUGCCGCCGUCCCGCUCUACCGUGCAUUCUGCAGCGCAACCGGGUUCGGAGGGAUCCCCAUGACCGAUCGCGACUCGUCCCGGUACAGCGCGGACAGACUCGUUCCGCGAGAAGAAGCGAAACGUAUCAAAGUGCAUUUUAAUGCGGACACUGCGACAGCUUGCCCUGGCAGUUCCAGCCUCAACAGCGCCAAGAAUACGAGUAAGGAUGAUAUUAUUGGUAUUGCGACAUAUAAUGUUACCCCGGCCAAGGUUGCGCCGUAUUUUGCCAAGGUCGAGUGUUUCUGCUUCGAGGAGCAAAAAUUGAUUGCUGGAGAAGAAGUUGAUAUGCCUUUGUUGUUCUUUAUCGAUCGGGAUAUCGUGGACGACCCACUUAUGGCGGACGUAGAUGAUGUGGUGUUAUCGUACACGUUCUUCAGGGCGCGCCGAAACUCUGCUGGACACCUCGAACCAGACGCGCCUCAACAGGUUGUGCUUGAAUCGCAAGGAUGGGGUGAUAUUCCGCAUGCACCUCCGAAACCUGCCGACUCGACGGCCACGUGA